UUCAGAGCACACAGGAUCUGGCAAGUGCAAUCUCGACACAGUGGAGAUGGGCGACGAAGGCUGGCAAGACGGCGGUCUCUUUGGCGCCGACAUCCUCGCCGACUGCGACCUCGCGUCCAUCGACGGCUCCGUCUUCGCCGCCGAAAACAAGGCAUUGGGCGCAUCGUCCCGCGAGCGCCAACGGCUCGCGCUGCAGCGCCAUCGGCAGCGACAGCGCGACGAGCUCGUCUUCUUGAAGCGCAAGGUCGACGAGCUGCAGGCCGAGCUGGAGCAGCUCACGCGUGACAGCGAGCUGCGUGACAUUCUCCAACCACCGAGCAAGUGGGAGAAGCUCGCAAAACAAGAGCGGGUCCAGCGUGCGCAUGUCCUCCUCGAGAACCGCGAGCUCAAAGAGGCGAUUAGCGAGCAGGUCGAGUUUGCGCAGUCGCUCGCGGCGCUCAUUCGCAAGUCGCCGACACCGCGCUACGUCUGCGUUGACGCGCACGAGCAGUGGAAGCACUACAAGCUGGUCGCGGACCCGAUCGCGCGCCGCGCCGCGUACCAUGCAAUCGUCAACCGUGAUUACGCGAGCCAAACAAGCGCGUUCAUUGAAGCCAAGCUCAUCGAGCCGGUCAAAGAAGGCCGACAAUACAUUCCGGUCCUGCGGGACGGACUCCUCGAGGUGCACACGAUCGUGUUCACGCGGCUGCCCGCGCCGCUCGCUGAGGCCGCGAGCGCCAUCUGGGACGUCUUGCGAGGUGUCUUUACCGUCGCCAGCGUCCAAGGCGUCUAUCGCGUGCUCGAAGAAGUCGAUGCCGAUACACUGUACGUGGGUAGUCUUCGGCACUAUUCGCUCGGGAAGAUCCAGCGACGCAUCAUUCUCAAGCGCUUCCGCGAGGGCGAUUCGCGCGUCGUCGUCGUUGCCCGCAACGUGCACGAAGACGAGAUUUUCACCUUUGACCCGCGCCUCGGGUUAGCCCACGAGGUGUCGUGGAUGGUGCUGCAGUGGGACGCAGCCUCGCAAACCACCGAAGUCAAGUACUUUCAGAAGGCAAUCCCGUUCUUUGCCGAGGCGCCGCUGCUCGAGGGUCACAUCAUGGGCGUGCCCGUGAGCCAGCACAUUAUGGAGAUGUUUGCGAGCCACUCGCUCGGGUUUGAGCAAGCGAUGCGCGCGCUCCUGCACGCCAAGACGACCGGCGACGCAAGCGCGCUACAUGGCGUUUUAUAG